AUGACAGACAGGAGGCUUGCGGAGAAGUUCCCAAAUGGGGCACCCACUAUUCUGGAAUACGUUGGGCGCUUGCCUAGAUACAACUCCCUCCCACACACCCCACCCCCGGAGGAGCUGAGCCCGACGGACCCCGCAAAGAUCGGGCAAAGAACAAGGGCGCCGACCGCCUGCAAAGUGGCUGCCGGUACGGAUUCGCGACGAUCGCAGCGCCUCUCCCCGCACAGGCGCAGGAAGAGGAAGCCUCCUCCCGUCCUAGCGUCUUCCCCAAGUUGCCCGGUCUCUCCACGACUUCUCAGGGGUACUUCACCGCAUCACGCCGAUGCCCGCAGGUCGCCCCAGGGCGCACCACCUUUGUUAGGUGUCUGCGUUAGGACGGGCGACGCCUCGGCGCAAGGAGGGCUUGCCCUGGGGCGAGGCGCAAACGCGGCGCUCGGGUUCCCGGGCCCCUGCCUGAGACCCAGGAAGCCGACGCGGCCCCCUGAAACCUCCCACUUGCACUGCGCGCCCGCAGAGCGCCCGCAAGUCCCAGCCCCGCGGCCACUUCCCCGGCGUGGCCCGAGACCCGCGCUCUCGGGCACAGCGGCCGGGCGCACCCCAGCUCUUCCAGCGCUCUACGCCGGCCUCCGGGUGAGGCGGUGGCCACCGUGCCUUCUGCCGGGCCCGCCUCUCCCGCGCCCACGCGGGUUCCUUACUCGGGAGAACACUGGCCGAUGGACAGACGCCCAGCGACACCGGAUCCCAGACUGGCCACAGCGCCAGGGAAAGCACGACAGACAGCUACCCACGUCCACUGCCGGCCCUCGACCCUUUCUUACCUGCCUGCACGGUAUCAGAGAGGUCGUGCCCAGGGGCUGCUGUCCUGGGAAACUCCUUCAAUUUCCUGGCGCUGAGGUUCAGCCCCCCGGAGUUGGCCGCUUCCUCCAGGGCGCGCUCGAGCCCCCGGUUCAAGGGCAGGUUGAAGACCCCGCCGCCGCCGCCGCCGCCGCCGCCUCCCCCGACCCCGCCGCUGGACCCGGUUCCUGCGUGUGCCUAUUAAACAAAGAAACCACAAAACCUGGGCAUCAAGAUUCUCCAAGAAGCUGCCUUCUAGAGCCAUUCUCUGAAUAACGUUGGAGGAGCUGCCUGUGAAUGAACAAGUUAUAGAAGCUUUAAUGUUUGUCCUAUUUUAUAAAUAUAAUUGUUCUCAUGAUAAAAUGCCAAUUUUAUGUACUUUUUUAUUUUUGAACAUUUUUAAAAAGUAUGUAUAUGAGAUAUAAUAGCAGAAAGACAUGUUAAUGUAAAACUUAUCAGUCAUAAUAGCAUUUUGAAAGAACCUGUGAGGAAGAUUUAGCUUGUACCCCUCAGGGCAAGAAGCUGAUUGUAAUGAAAAGAAUUUCUUUGACUUAAUGAGGUUGACAUUCCCUUAAAUAAGUUAUAAGGAAAAAAAUGUCAGAAGGACCAAUACCUGACCUUCUGUUUCCUGUGUGGUAGUUUCUUAAGUUUCUGGAAAGUAAGAACUGAAGGGUACCAGAUAACAGGACUUGAAUUUGUAAAGAAAUGUAUUUUUAAGCAACUGGCUUUUUAAAGAUAUGAAUGUAAAUAUUAGAUCAUAGAUAAUAUUAGAUAAUAGCUUGACUUGGUUAGGUUCCCCUAAAUAUUUUACCUACUCAUUAUAUUAUGUUAUUGGUUUAUAAUAUAAUGCAUAUUAUGCUAUUGGUCUGUAUUAUAAUGAUUACAUGACAUAUUUAAAGGCACCAAUUAUUUCUUUAUAAAUAAAUAGUUUAUCUUACGUGGAUAAAAUUGAA